AUGGAAUACAAACAGGACAUUCCCAAGGGCCGGAAGCUGAAACCAGUCUACUGCUGGGGCCACAAAGAGCUCCCAGCACAGCGCGGCGUGGUGACGUACCUGGUCUCGCCGAACAGGCAAAACCCGCUAGCCCGAGCCUUGCACAACGCCGUGUUCAACACGUUCCGCCGGACCAAGAACCAGGUCUUGUAUUGGGUCCCGCCGUUCGUCGUCGCGUAUCUGUUGAUGGACUGGGCGAAUCGACGGUGA